AUGCAUCGAAGAUGGCUGCUAUUACCAUUACUUUCCAGUUGCGCUUCUGCAUUCUAUCCCUACCACGGCGGCGAUGAGGGGGAGUCCAACAGCAAGAGAUUUGUCCCUUUGAAUCUGGACUCGCUGUCCGCAGAGGAACCGGGCGUCGUCACGCUUGACCUCAAGAAAAUACCCACCAAGCGAGACAAUCAAUUUCCCGUGGUUCUUUCCUCCAAACCGUCCGCUCCCAACGCCAUGGCUAUCAGCCAGGACGGUCAAGACUAUACCUACUUCUCAAUCAUGAACUUCGGCUCGAAAGGUCAAGAAAUGUACAUGUUGGUGGACACAGGGUCAGCCAAUACAUGGGUUAUGGGUUCGAAUUGCUCUUCGAAUGCUUGCAAAAUCCACAACACGUUCGGCACGGUGGACUCGACAACUUUACAAACAACCACACAAACCUGGAGUAUGGCUUAUGGUACAGGCCAAGUCCAGGGAGUGGUGGCCAAAGACACCGUUAGUUUCGCCAAUUAUACGGUUGAGAUGGGAUUUGGUCUCGCAUCCAAUGCCUCAGACGAUUUCAGCAGUUACCCUAUGGACGGCAUAUUGGGCCUUGGACGACCUAGUUCAGAUCAAUUGGGAACUCCGACCAUCAUGCAAGUCCUGGACCAGCAGGGCGAUCUGUCAGAGAACAUCGUUGGCAUUCACCUACAACGAAAUGCCGACGGUGCCAAGGACGGACAAAUCACAUUUGGCGGUCUUGAUUCGUCCAAGUUCAAGGGCAAAAUUGGAUACACGAAAACCAGUAGCCAGACCAAUUGGGAGAUCGCUGCGGAUGAUGCCGGCGUGGAUGGAAAGGCAGCCGGCUUCAAGGGAAAGAGUGCCAUUAUUGACACCGGCACAUCCUAUGUGCUGAUGCCUCCCUCGGAUGCAGACACAUUGCAUGCAUUGAUCCCCGGAAGCUCCCAUAACGGUGAGAUCUACAUUGUUCCCUGCUCGUCUACUGCAAGCGUCUACUUUACCUUCUCAGGGGUCAAGUACGCAGUCUCCCCGAAGGACUAUGUGGGCAGACCAAGCGGAAGUGGGUGCCAGAGCAACAUUGUCGGCCACCAGCCGUUUGGGCCGGACGAAUGGAUACUGGGCGAUGUGUUUCUCAAGAACGUCUAUACAGUGUUUGAUUUCGACAAAAACCGGAUAGGCUUCGGAACAACCUCCGAUACCGACGACGCUUCUUCGGCUUCUUCCUCUGCAGCUUCUUCAGCUACUUCGACUGCAAGCGGAACAUCCUCAUCGGGUUCGGCUGCUGCAAGCAGUGCCGCCUCAUCGGCACUGGCCACGUCUGCAUCCGAAUCGUCGACCAGCACGGCCACGGCCACGGCCACCACUGGAAGCAGUCAGACGAACUCGGCGAGUUCAGCGGCUGCGACCUCCACGGAGUCGGGUGACAGCAGUCCGUUUGGGGACGCGAGUUCGAGCAGCAAUGCUGGUUCCGAGAUGACGGUCCCCGUUCUGGCGGUCUUGGUGCUUGCUCUGGUCACGGGAUUUAUGGUGUAA